AAUUACAUUAUGGGAAUGAACAAAUCAUUAUUUCUUAUAACUCUUUUGUUAACUAUACUCGUUAAUAAAGGAGAAAGCUUAUACUGUUACAAAUGUAAUAGUAAUCAGCCUGGGUGUGGCACACCUUUAAAUUGGUUAUGGUAUUGGGGAGAAACUUGCCCAGAAUAUGAUGAUAAAUGCAUAAAAAUUAUUGAAAGGAAAGGAGCCGAAGUCAUGAUAACGCGUGAUUGUUUAAGUUCUGUUCGUAGCUUUAGAACAGAUAUUCCAGCUGAUCGAUAUGAAGGUUGUCGACCUGCUGCAAAAGAUAUGCAUUUAGGACAUUAUGUAAAUAAUUCUAUUUGGCAACUAGACAUUCAUAGAGAUUAUUAUGAUGAAGUAACAUGGUGUUUUUGUUAUUUUGAUCAUAGAUGUAACAGUGCUGCUAGUAGUAAUGUCUCAGUAUUAUUGUUAUUAUUAUCUAUAGGUUUUGCAAUACAACAAUUUGUAAAAGAGGCAUUUACCAAAUAUUAG